AUGGAACUAGCAGAAUUGCACCUUGAGACAUGCUCAAAUACUCCCAAGGAUAUUGACCUCUUUAACGCAAACUCCGUCUUGGCAUUCUUCCGUGUCUACUUCUUUGUCGCUUCCGCUGUCGCAGCAGCUCACCUUGGUAGUGUUGUACUACAGCCGGUGACACCAUCUCAUAAGUCCUCACCAACCAAAUAUGACUCUAUACAUGACUUCCAUAAUCAGUAG